GAUGUCUUCCAAGCAACCAGCUUCUCCGUAUGGGGAAGCAGAUGGAGAGGUAGCCAUGGUGACAGGCAGACAGAAAGUGGAAGAGGAAGAGAGUGGCGGCCUCCCAGCCUUUCACCUUCCUUUGCAUGUGAGUUUUCCCAACAAGCCCUAUUUUGAGGAAUUUCAGCCAGUUUCUCUGCUGACGCGAGAGCCUUGCGGCCUUAGGACUCCUACCUCUCAGCAACACACAAUGGAAGUUGAUGGCAAUAAAGUGAUGUCUUCAUUUGCCCCACACAACUCAUCUACCUCCCCCUCGAAGACCGACGAAGGUGGGCGUCAGAGCGGAGAAUCAUUUUCCAGCACGGCGCUGGGAACUCCUGAACGGCGUAAAGGAAGCCUAGCAGAUGUGGUAGACACUCUCAAACAGAGGAAGAUGGAGGAGAUGAUCAAGAAUGAGCCUGAAGAAACCCCCAGUAUUGAAAAACUACUAUCAAAAGAUUGGAAAGACAAGCUCCUUGCCAUGGGAUCAGGCAACUUUGGAGAAAUAAAAGGGACUCCAGAGAGCCUAGCGGAGAAAGAGAGGCAGCUUAUGGGCAUGAUCAAUCAGCUGACCAGUUUGCGGGAGCAGCUGCUGGCGGCUCACGAUGAGCAGAAGAAAUUGGCGGCCUCGCAAAUUGAGAAGCAACGCCAGCAAAUGGAGUUGGCCAAGCAGCAGCAAGAACAGAUUGCAAGACAGCAGCAGCAACUUCUGCAACAACAACACAAAAUCAACCUGCUUCAGCAACAGAUCCAGGUCCAAGGUCAGCUACCACCACUAAUGAUCCCCGUGUUCCCCCCAGACCAGCGAACCCUAGCAGCAGCAGCCCAGCAAGGAUUUCUCCUGCCACCUGGCUUCAGCUACAAGACAGGCUGCAGUGACCCUUACCCCGUUCAGCUGAUUCCAACCACAAUGGCAGCUGCCGCCGCCGCCGCCACCCCGGGUUUAGGCCCACUGCAACUGCAG